UUGAAGAGGAACCUCAGUGAUGGCAGCUCUUCAGCCUCUCUGUCACCAUCGCUCUGAAGCAUCAGACCAGCGCAGGGCCCGUGUAGAGAGCUGCUCUCACACAGGGACCUCUGGGUGUGAACAGAGUGAUGUAGGGUCACGAGCAUGGGGAAACACCUUCCAAGGAGAAAUGCACACAUGUACUUUCACAUCACACGCACACUCGCAGAGAGGUCCUCGCUGAGCGCUGAAUUGUGAGAGAACGGUACAUCCUGCACGAGACCAACUUGGAUAGCAGCAUUUCUCCAAACUACAGCUGUGCACCAGAGUAUCCUGACUAACCCGACCAGAUCCCGGCCCCUGAGCUCUGACCCUCUAACCCUGGAGGGGCAGGGGGGGUCCACGGGGACAACAUGCGGUGUACCACCCUCUUGGCCCUGCUGACGGGGGUCAUGCUGUACCUGGUGAUGGGAGCACUUGUUUUCGGCACCCUGGAGUUCCCCGAGGAGGAAUCUGCAUUUCAAAAACUGCAGAACACCAAGAACAUCUUCCUUAAUAACAACUCAUGCGUCACAGAGGAUGACUUCAAAGAGCUGGUGAAGGGAGUGGUGUCUGCGGUGGAGGCCGGCCUGGAUGUGAACAACCUCUUUGCCAACUUCACCAGCCGCUGGGACCUGGCCUCCGCCUUCUUCUUCUGUGGUACCAUCAUCACCACCAUAGGUUUUGGGAACCUGUCUCCUCGGACGUGGUACGGCCAGCUGUUCUGCGUGUGCUACGCUCUGGUGGGCAUCCCGAUGUUUGGCAUUCUGCUCGCUGGAGUGGGCGACCACAUGGGCACGGUGCUGCGCAGAGCCGUGGCCAAGAUUGAGACUCUCUUUCUGAAGCGUAAGGUCAGGCCGACCACGGUGCGUGUGAUCUCAGCCGUUCUCUCCAUCCUGAUUGGUUGUUUGAUCUUCCUCGCCGUGCCAACUGUCGUGUUUCAGAAAGUGGAGAAAUGGUCCUUUCUGGAGUCGCUCUACUUUGUGGUCAUCACUCUCACCACUGUCGGCUUCGGAGACUACGUUCCAGGUGGUCGUGACGGCGGCUUUUUCUUCAAGCCUCUGGUCUGGUUCUGGAUCGUGUUUGGUCUUGCAUACUUUGCCUCCAUCCUCACAAUGAUAGGCAACUGGCUGAGGGUGCUGUCUAAGAGGACCCGCGCUGAGAUGGAGGAGUUGAGGGCCCAUGCUACAGAUUGGACCCAGAACAUCCAGAACAUGUCCAUGGACUUCCGCAUCCCUAACCCUCUGGAGUUCAACGACCCUUUCCUCCUGCAGCGCCGCCGCUGGAAACG